AUGAAUAACUACAACUUGUCAUUUUCGGAUAGUUGGUCUGUUGAAAAUGAUGUUUCUAGUGGUGAGGGCGUCUCCCACAAUUUUUGUGAUUAUACAUCCGAAUUCACAACUGACGAGAUUUUUCAAAGUAGAGACGACAUGGUAGCUUGGGUGCGGAGAGUCGGUAUGGAAAAUGGUAUUGUCGUUGUCAUUAAGAAAUCUGCUAGUUUAAUUAGUGGCAAACUGCCAAAGUGCAUUCUUAGUUGUGAAAGAAGUGGAAAGUAUAGACCGGCAAGGAAUGCUAUUGAAAGGCAAUCCUCGCAAAAGAAUAAUGGGACAAAAAAAUGUGAGUGCCCAUUUGAGCUGCGAAGUAUAUCAAUACCUCUAGCGGGUGUCAUGUGGGGUGUAAGGAUUGAAUGUGGUUUCCAUAACCAUAAAACAACAGAAUAUUUUGAUGGGCAUGAGUACCCGUCAAGGUUAACACCAGAGGAGAAAGAAAUUGUGCGCGACAUGGCGAACAACACCGCGCCUCGUGAAAUUCUUAGUGUUUUAAAGAAAAAAAAACCCGUUAAACGCUACAAAAACAGGACGGAGAUAAUAUCAGUUUUACCUCUAAAUUAUAAAGGCCAUGACAAUUUGUAUCCAAAACUUGAGAUUGUUCUUGAUGAUUCGGACAGUGAGUCGGACAACGAACUGGAAAUGCUAGGCCUUGCUCCGCAAGAGGAGGAAUUUAACGCGGACGCAAGGAGACUAAGUCGCGGUUCUGUUCAAGGUCACACUCGCGACUGA